AUGUUAUUUCAGUGCCAGUGGAAUAACGAAACAGCUUUUGUGAAACACGAGUGUGUUACUUCAGAAGUGAUGCCUGCUGUACCAGAUUGUUCAGUGCCCUUUUUCAGUUGUGUCUCAAUAGUUCAGGUGAUGAUUGUGGUGGAGGUUGGCCUACACAGUAAGGAAACUUAUAGUCGAGUCUUUGUUCCAGAAAGUCAAGCCUCUGCUUUUCUUCUAAGUAAAAAAAGGCCAUGUGAGUAUGUUUGCAAUUGUGAUAAACUUGAUUUAUUUUUCUGGUUCUCUUCCCAAUUCUUUCGAUACCAUCUUAAUCCCUUAAUAGUAUUUCCCACCCUUGAGUGUCUGUGGGUGCUUUCAUUUGGAUAUAUCAGUCCAUAA